UAGAAGUCAUAACAACUGAAUGUUCAACUUCGGUGUGCUUAAAUACAACAGAAGUACAGAAGUGGUUACAACAGUUGUAAAUACUGGACAAGGAUACAAUACAAUGCGCGCUGUGACGAAGAAGUAUGCAAAAGUUACAAUAAGGCACUCUCUUAUGACAUGGCAAUGAGAUGAGAUCCAAUGAUCGUUGGUCGUUACUGUGGAUAUGCGUGUUCCUUUGGUUCCAAGCCAUCUCCGUCGGUCGAUCGCAAAACCAAUUGAUCACCACAUGCCCUAGUCAGUUUUCUGACCAGUCGUGUUCCUGUUACGACUUCGAGGAGGGCAUCUUUCUCGAAUGUCCUGGAGCCACUGGAACGGGAGUGCACAACGCUCUAUUAUCGGUGACCGGAGGGCUGAUUCAAUCGUUGAGCAUCUACGACUUGGAACCUACUGUACAUUCUUUGUCGGCAGAUUUAUUUCCUAAAGACACAAAACUCCGGCAACUCCAAAUAUCCCAUUCAAAUUUGUCAAUAAUUACGGACGAUGGGUUGAAUAACAUAAAGACUCUAGAGUCGUUCGCGAUGCUGUCCGGUAAAUUGAAAGAAAUUCCACAAAAAUCAUUUUCUACGCUGACGCAGUUGAAAACGAUCGAUAUCGAGUCCAAUGAGAUUUCUGAACUCGGUAGUUAUGCAUUCUCUGGGUUGCAAUUGAUCAAGAUAAACCUCAAGGACAACAUGAUACUUAAAAUAUCCGAGUAUGCGUUCGCUGGCCUUGAAGCCAGCUUAACUGAACUCGAUCUGUCCGACAACAAGAUCAAAAUGUUCCCGACGUCUGCCGUCAGGCGGCUGGAACGUCUGAUGUCCUUGCGAAUCGCUUGGAAUGAAAUAGCAUCGAUUCACGAUGAUCGCUACUCUUUCAUGAAAAGUAUGGUCCAGCUCGAUUUGAGCUCAAACAAUUUCGAAUCAGUUCCUGAAGAUGCAUUCCGUUUAUUUCCUAAGCUCAAAAUGUUAUCCCUCUACUAUAACUCAGUAGAAAGCAUACACAAACGAGGUUUCAGCACGUUGACUGAGCUCGAAUCAAUUGACAUGAGCCGCAAUAAAAUAGUGUUCAUGGACUGCACCACGUUCAAAUACAACAUACAUUUACGAACAAUAGACCUUAGCCAUAAUCAUAUUCAUUAUAUAAGUGGUCUGUUCGCCAACCUACCCGAGCUCAGGGAAUUGUUCCUGUCCGAAAACAAUAUACUGGAGAUCUCCAGUGACUCGUUUACGAACUCUCCAAAACUGUCGGUGUUAUACAUCCAACAAAAUGCAAUCAGAAUAAUCGAACCUGGUGCUUUUGCUAGUUCGCCUGAGCUUAUGCAGCUUUAUCUGAGCGACAAUUAUAUUGAAACCAUCAACGAAAACACAUUUAUUCAUUGCAACAAGCUUACGUCGUUGAGCCUGGACAACAAUCGCAUCACAAAAAUUGAAAAUGGCGCGUUUCGAAACAACAGUCGACUCAAAGAACUUCGACUGCAAAAUAACAAAUUGUCGAUAAUAUUUCAAACACAGUUUGAGACGUUACCUGAAUUAUUAGAAUUACAUUUUCAAAACAAUGUUAUAGCCAAAGUGGAAUCGGGUGCUUUCAAAACGCUCAAAAGCCUUCAACAUAUAAACCUUCAAAACAAUGUACUCACUUAUUUGGGUGACGUUUUCUUGCACGACGCGCCAUCAUUAGUGUCCAUACAAAUCGACUCCAACGUGUUGGCCAGCUUGAACAACAAGUCGCUUCAAGGCCAAUCGAAUCUUAAAGUGAUGUGGCUCAGCCACAACAGACUGGUCAAACUAGAUAAAUCACUAUUUACUGAUUUAUAUCAAGUGCAGCGGAUCUACCUGAACAACAAUUCUAUUGAACACAUAGAGCUAGGCACGUUCGAGUCAAUGCAGGUGUUGAUGUUUUUGGACCUCAGUUUCAAUAAGUUGCAAGAAGUCACAUCGAAAACGUUUGUCGAACUCAGAGGUUUGGAUGAACUGCACCUGGCCAACAACCGGAUAUCGCACAUCGAUGCCAAUUCGUUCGCAGCGCUGAAAAAACUGACGGUUCUAGACUUGUCCAACAACCCUCUGACAAAACUACACAAGUACAUGUUCCAAAAAGAUUUACCUAUACAGAAUCUAUUUCUCAAUAAUUGUUCGUUACGGACAAUCGAGAACGGAACGUUUUCUAAUUUAAAUGUUCUCAACGAAUUGUACCUGAAACACAACUACUUAUUUGCAGACGCGUUGCUUCAGGUAGACGUACCCACGUUGACCACUUUGGACGUGUCUCACAAUAACUUGGACGGCCUCAAUGCGACCGUUCUUAAGUACUUGCCCAACAUCAAGCGCGUGCACUUAGACGUUUGUAACAUUGGACAAGUGGCUGCGACAACGUUUAAAUUUAAUCUUGAGGUGACCAUGAUGUCGAUGGCAAACAACAAGCUAACCGCUUUGCCGGCAGACUUAUUCAAAGGGCAGACUCGUUUAAGCACAUUGAUUUUAGACGGGAACGACUUUGGUACGGUACCAUAUUCGACGUUGUCGAAUUGCGAAAGUCUGCAAAAACUGUCAAUGGCUAGAAAUAUGUUGACCGAGUUGGAUAUGACAAAACUGACAAACAUGAAAAACCUUCAGAGCCUUACGCUGUCUGAAAACCGUGUUCAAAUACUCGCUGGGUUUCCCCCUACGCAUUUUACACUUUUGACCGAGUUGAGUUUGGCCAACAAUAUACUGUCCUCGUUGCCGUUGAACUUUUUCCAGUCACUGGAACGUCUAGAUAUGUCCAACAAUAAUUUCCAAAAAGUACCACCACUGAUAAAAAAAUUACAGUUCUUAAAUCUCACAAAUAAUCCUCUGGGCCAGAUAAGCGAAUCGAUCAAACCCAUAGCGGUUGAACAUAUCGACUUGGAGGAGCUUCACGUAUGUGGGACAAACUUAUCAGUGCUGGCGAGUAACGAUUUCCUAUCGUUCACCAAUCUUCACCGCUUGUACAUGUCCAACAAUAAUAUUUCAAAAAUAUCACCUGGCACGUUCAGUAUGCUUGAAGACUUGCAUACAUUAGACUUGAGCCACAAUCAUCUAGAAUUUCUACCCCAAGAAAGAUUACAAGGGUUGGGCCAUUUACGGAUGUUAAAUUUAUCGUUUAACUCGAUCAAAGAAAUAGAAGAUUUUUCUUCGGAUUUGGUCUCGUUGCAAGUACUUGACGUUUCGUAUAACCAACUGGAUAAAAUCAACAAAGGCUUGUUUCGAAACCUGGAAAGCCUAGCCGAACUAUAUUUGUACGGCAAUUGUAUAACGUUUGUGUCGCCUGACGCCUUCAGAUCGCUUAAAAAACUCAAGACGUUAGACUUGGGUAAAAACUAUUUCAAAAAUUUACCGUUAAACGCUCUCAGGCCAUUGGAAACUCAGAUCAAAAGUUUACGAACCGAUGAAAACCCGAUAAACUGUGACUGCGACCAACAAGAAUUAUGGGAAUGGAUGAGGGAUCAUCAAAAGCUGACGUCAGACGUGAGCUCAAAAGGCUUGAUCUGUCAACACCCUCCAGAACUGCGGGGCCAGAAGUUUCUAGAACUGGAGCCUCCCGCGUUUUGCGCCGUGCCCGUCGUGCUCAAACUAGCCAUUCAGGACAUUCAACCCUACUCGGUGUCCGUGUCUUGGAGAGGUCGAAACCACACGGGUCUACACGGCUACAGGGUGGCGUAUUAUCCCAUCGAAGAUCCCGAUUAUCCUGCCGCGGCUAUUUCCUCGGUCGCAGUGACGCCGAACAUUAUGAAUAAGUUCCUGGACAAGAACACGCAGAACACGCGUCUGGACAACCUGAAACCGGAGACUCGAUAUCUAGUUUGCGUGCUGGGCCUAGGCAACUGGAUACCGCGCAAUAGCUCGCACCACCCGUCCGGCGAUUCGCAGAGCAGCCGUUGCGCCGAGGUGAAGACGUUGGAGGGCGACAUGGCGUACUAUUCGGACGAACAUCAUAAGAGCUCGAUACUGACCAGACGGCUGGGCCUGAUCAUCGGCAGCUGUUUGGGCUGCGUCGUGUUCGUCGUGCUCGUGUCGGUGCUGGGCUAUUUGAAAAUCAAAAAACAGCGGGAGGAUACGAAACGCGAACAGCCCCUGCCGCCCGAGUACCUGUCUUAUAGGCAUUUCUCGCUGCACACCACCGACCCGAUUAUCGCCGCCCCCGCGACUAUCCAGUCCGGGUCGAUCACCACUGUGCACUGAAUAUAUGCGGUGAUUCUCUAUUUAUUUAUGUUAUUAAAACAUCGUAUGUUCGAUCCUCAUUAGGUUUUUUUUUUUUUUUAUACGAGUUUAUUUUCU